AUGCUCAUCCUCCCCCUGCCUGUCCCGUACACAUGUAAACAGACAACCGAAUUUAUUGCUAAAUUAUUUUACUUUUGUUUAUUUGUGCAUUGCCUACUUUCUAAUUUUCUUUCUUACUUUCUUUACUUCGUUUGUUUGCUCGUUCAAUUUUUAUUUUCGUUCAUUCAUUCUUUCUUUCUUUCUUUUUUGCUCGUUUUCUUUAUUCACUCAUUGAAUCUUUUUAUCUUCUUUUUUUUCUCUCUAACAAUCAAUCACUCUUUAAGCCUCUCUUUCUCUUUUCAUUUAUUGGUUCCUUCUUUUUUCUGUUCUGUUCUGUUCUGUGCUUUCUUUCUUUCUUUCUUUUUUCUUUCUUUCUUUUCAAAUCCUAAUGUUUUAUACUGUUUUACCUUUGUUUCUUUCCCUUUUUAUUUAUGCUUUCCUUCCUUCCAUCCUUCCUUUCUUUUCAAAUCCUGUUUUAUACUGCUUUACAUUCUUUUUUCUUUAUCGAUGCAUUCCUUCCUUCUUUCCUUCCUUCCAUCCUUCCAAGUACCUAAUGUUUUGUCAUCUUUUUCUUCUUUCUUUCUUUCUUUCUUUAUUUUUUGUUUGUUUUUCUUUCUUUCUUUACCAAUAAUUUCCUUACUUUCUUCCCCCCCUUCCUUAUUCCCUUCCUUCCGCGUUCCGAAUGUUUUGUCUACUUUUUCUUCUUUUUCUUUCUUUCUUUUUUGUUUGUUUUUCUUUCUUUCUUUCUUUCUUUCUUUGUCUUUUUUUUUCUUUUUUUUUUUUUUUUUUCUUUUUGUUUACUUUUCCUUACUUUCUUUCUUUCCUUCAUUCUUUCGUUCGCGUCUUCUUUCUCUUCAGACCCUAAUGUUUUAUAUUGUUUUACCUUUAUUCCUUUCUCUCUUUAUCUAUGCCUUCCUUCCUUCCUUCCUUCCUUCCUUCCUUCCUUCCUUCCUUCCAAUUUCCAAAUUUCUUGUCUUCUUUUUCUUUCUUUUCUUCCUUUCUUUCUUUCUUUUAUGCCACGCUGAUUAA